AUGACAAGUAAUGUGGCUGAGACUUGGAAUUCAGUCUUACGAGAUGCAAGAGAAUAUCCAGUACUCUCCCUGAUCGAAUACAUUAGAGCUAAGCUUAUGAACUGGUUUGCCGCAAGAAGAGACCUUGAAAGGGGAGAAGAAAAGUUACUAACUCCUCGAGUCGAAGAGAUUGUCGCUGAUAAUUUUGAGCGUAGCGGGUCACUUUGGGUGACGAUAAUAGCUGAGGGGGAGUAUGAGGUCCGUGACAAACAGGGGGCGACUUUCCAUGUAAAUCUAACUCACAAAACCUGUACAUGCAACGAGUUCCAAGCACUGAAGAUUCCUUGCAUGCAUGCAAUCGCUGCUGCAACAAGGUACAAAAUCAGAAUUGACUCCUUGGUUGAUGACUGUUACAGUAGAACCACAUACAGGGCAGCGUACUCAAAGAUAAUCAAUCCUGUUGUUGAAUACGAGAGCAUAGAGAUUCUAUCCAGUGACAAUCCUGUUUCUGAAAUUGAAAUAAAUCCACCUGCGAGCCGAAGGCCUCCUGAUAACCUAUACGCUCUUGCAGCUUUCCCAACGAGGUAUCCCAAAUGUUUGUCUUUGAAGUAG